AUGACAGAGUCUACUCCGCCUGAACCUAAAAGCUCUAAACCAGAGCCUGAGGUGAAAAAGCCAGUAAAAAAGGGAUGGUCAAAUCCUGCAUUACGUAUGAUGGGGAUACCCAGGAUAUCAUUACCAUCAAGAAACUGGUGUAUCUUUUGGUGUGUAGUUGCUUCUAUAGGAGGAGGCAUUGCAUAUGAUAAGUACGAACAGGCUCAAAUCAGAAAAAAAUGGAUGAAUGAAGUCAAGUACUUGGGGGAUGAAGUAUAUUCAAAUGAUAGAAUACCAAGAAAGAUGACAAUUUUUAUUGCACCACCUCCAAAUGAUUUUUUGGACAAAUCAUUGAAAAUGUUCAGAAAAUACAUUAAACCUGUCUUGAAUGCUGGUGCCGUUGACUUGGAAUUGUUUAGCGAAACAAGACAAGGAGAUAUAAGAUCUUCAGUUGCUGAAAAGAUUAGACAAUUGAGAAAAGAUGCCAUUGAAGAGAGAAAAAAAGAGGAGGAGCAUCAGAAGCAGUUGCAAUACAAUAAAUCCUGGACUGCUUUCUUUAAAGACCUUUUAGGUAAGAAGUCUGACGACGAUAACGAAACUAAGGGUGAAAUACUCGUUAGAAGACAAGACCUCUAUACUCCAACUGAGUUAUUGGGUCUUUACAAGAUCGUGGAACCCCUUCAUGUUAAAAGAGAUGAUGAAACCAACCUGAUCUCAGAAUCAGUUGGUGGCGUGGUAUGCGUAGGAAGGGGUGCGUACAAAGAAUAUCUCGCAGGAAUUCAUGAAGGCUUACUUGGUCCCCUAGAGAAACCUGACUGGUUAGUACAAGAGGAAAAGAAGGCUGAACAAGAAAAGCAAAAAGAGAAGGAAGAAAAUGCCAACGAAAGUACAAGUCAACCUGAAGAGGAAGAAGAAGGAAAGGAAGGGUUGAAACCUGUUACACAGCCAUUCAUAAAACCAGGGGAUUAUAGCGGGGCAGAGCUUGCUCCAGAGUUGAACUUUCAUGAGCUUAUCAAGAACAAGAAAAAUAUUCCCGUUUUGUUUGAGCAACCAGUUUAUGUCUUUCCAGUCCCAAAUCUCUCAGGAUUUGUAAAUUUUCCGAAAAAGAUCUUUAGGUAUUUCACUAAACGGGAGUUAGCGGACGAUCUCGGGAAUAAGACAACAGCAUUAGUCUACAAUAAAUCAAGAAAGUUUGAGUAUAAGGACACCUUGUUGGGCAAAGAAGAAGAAGCAGAUUGGCCACGUAAAUGGGUCGAGUCUGGUAAAGAAAGAAACUCUGAGUGGGUCCAAGAUGUCAUAACUGAUGAAAGAAUUACGAACCGAAUGAAAGUUUUUGACCCUAAACUUAAGUAA